AGCGUCCCUCUGGACCGGUGUCUCCAAGGCCCGUCUGGAGGCCUGCAUGUGGCUUUCAUAGGUCUUUUACUGGCAGUCAGGCGGCAGCAGAACCUUUUUCUCAGAGUUACUGAGAAACUAAGAUGAUUAACCAACAGUGCUGUGAGAAGAGAGAACUGGUCUCUAUGAGCUGUGGUGAACCAGAUCUCUAUCUUCCUCUAAGCUGAUAGAAAUGGAGAAGUGGAGGCUGUUAUCUCACUGGCCACGUCACAUGUUGCUGGUUGUGGGGAACAGAGGAGCGAGAACAGCUAUCAGCGAACUACCCCCCUACUUCAUGGCACAUGCAGUGAGGCUGUCCGGAGCAGAGCCUGAUGAUGAAGACAAUGAAGCAUUUGGAGAGUUGUUAAAGCAGGCAGAAAAUGCACAGGACUUUGCCUCCAGAGCAAAACUGGCAGUGCAGAAAAUGGUUCAGAGAGUUGGAUUCUUAGGAAUACUUGUGUGUGGCUCUAUUCCAAAUCCACUGUUUGACCUGGCAGGUAUAAGUGGCCAUUUCCUGGUUCCACUUUGGACCUUUUUUGGUGCAACCCUAAUUGGAAAAGCCAUUGUCAAAAUGCAUAUUCAGAAGCUGUUUGUGAUUGUGACCUUCAGCAGGCACCUUGUGGAGCAGAUGGUGUCUGUCAUUGGUGCUUUUCCAGUGCUGGGCGCCUCUCUAAAGAAGCCCUUCAGGGAGUACUUGGAGUCCCAGAGGGCCAAGAUGCACCAGCAUGCGGGAGCCGGGACCCCAGCCGAUGAAAACUGUCUGUCGUGGGUCUUUGAGAAGGUGAUCAUGGUCAUGGUUUGUUUCUUUGUCUGCUCCAUCAUCAACUCCAUGGCCCAGAGCAAUGCCAAGCACCAGCAGAACAGAAGUACUCUGAAUGCAAAACCAAGUGAUGCCGACUCAAACUGAGGAGAGCAGCUAGACUAGCACGCGUUCUGGGCUUACAGUCGAUAAGCCCUCCGUACAAAGUUGCUGCUUCCGCCUCCUUUUUCUUCUCUUUCUCCAAAAAAAUCUCCAAUAAGACAAAAAUCUUCAGUCCCAAAUAUGGGCGUUCAUGUUAUACAUUGGUGGAUAUAACUGUUCUCUUGGUUUCUGUAGUGGUUAUGACGCUCAUCCGUUUCCCUUGAACUUGGAAUUAAUCUGUUGGCUUAACAAGGCUUUUUGAUAACGAUGAUGGGCCAUGUUUUUUCUGCUUCCUCGAGUGAUGGUUCACUAUAAGGUAGGUGCUUAGCCGCGUGGUAUGGUGUAUGGAGAGGACAUCCAUUAUUCUGUGCCUCUCUACAGUGGCUGUGUGGGUGGGUCACAGCUGCUGCACUGACUUCUCCUUUGCAUGGCCUUAAGCUCUACUUUCUGGUCUAGCUACUACUAGAAUGGUCUAAUUAUAAAGCCACUUUUAUCUACAUGAUUAUGUCGGGUUUGGAUCGGUUUGUAUGACGUGAAUUAUCCGGUGAGUGUACUGUAAUGCUGACAUUAAGGUCUUGUAUUAUUUAAGCAGUGCAGGGCCUCCUUUUUUCCCAUAAUUAAUUUAUUUAUGUUUUUCUUUGCGAUUGUCGUGACACUCUGGGUAUUUAAAAUUAGAGACAAGGAAUGUACUAGACUGAAUAUGUGAUUAUAUAUGAUUUCCACAACUCGGCUGUAGAUCUGAAUAAAUCAAAACAAGGGAGUUAAAUUAUUUUAUAUUUAUGUAAAUACAAACUGAUGUUUAUGAUGCUGUUAAAAUUCUACAGAGGGAGCACCUUUAAUCAGACUUUAUAAAUCAUCCAUGAAUCCUUUUGCUGGUCUCUUUGUCUGGAGUUAUUGUUCUUCUUCCAAUAAGAGAGAGCCCACGAGUCAGACCUGGGGCUACUCAACCAACCAGAUGCAGUGAUGGGUUGAAUCGGAUCAGGGUGUGUGAAUGAGAAUCCUUUCAUUCGAAUCUUAAGUUGUUUGAUGGUAUAUUUUUAGUUUCUAAGGUCUAUAGGGAUUUAUAAGAUCUUUGGUGCCUGGUUUGAUGCUCGCGGUUAGAGUUGUCCUUUGUCUUCACUGUCUGGAGGGUUUUAGUCAGUGCGUGUGUUAAUGCUGCAGUCUCCCCUGCAACGCUCUGUAAGCCCAUGUUCACCAUUACUCUGGCAGGAAGGGCAGCACUUAAAACGAUGUUAUGUCAUCAAUAUGUUUCUUUUUUUUCUGUGUUAUGCUCGUUGGAUAACGUCAGCUGGCUCGUGAUCCAAGGUUCCUCUUUUUCAUGAUUGCUCGUGAAAUUAUUCUUUUUUUUUUUUUUUUUUUAUCAUUGCCCUGGUAUGUUGGUCCGCGAACUCGAAGUAGGCAGGCAGGCAGGCAGGCGGGGGAGGGCGAAGGGAGAAAGACAGAGAGCGCAGUGAAAAACGUCUGUGGCGUUACCUCCAGUGAACCCUCUUAUGAACUCGCUGCACUGCUCUAGUGACGGAGCCAGGAGACGAAUCAGUCGAGUAGAUUCAAAACAGAAGGGUACUGUUGAAAGCGUAUAGCCUCACCGUCUCUCCACUCUGCUGCAGCUCUGCUAAUCACACCACUCAUAAAGGCGCUCAUUCAAGGUAAGUAACGAAGGGUUGUCUCCUCUUUUAUGUUACGUGCGCGGGUGUUUCAGCCAUGUCCGUCACUCUCGGCCUGUCAGAUAGCUUAUCAGACUGGUGUUGGCUGUUACAUUGCAAGGCGACAACAGUCUGUAGGCUGUCUGACGUUUCGGGCUUUUUCAUCUGACCAGCAUCAUGUUUUGUUCUUGUUUGUCUGGUGUUGUCAGUGUUGAGGCAUAGGUUUCCAUUCUGAGCUAUGGUCUGAUAUCAUACUGCAGUAGCCUACAUUUCUUAGCCCAUGUGUUGGUAAAAAUAUUUUGGACGUAAGUUUUAUUGAUAUAGUUUUUUGUUUUAAAGUAGUUCCGGUAUAUAGGCAGACCUAUGUCAGUUUGGAAAUUAAAAUGUAUUGUUAAUGUCGCGUGUGUGUCCAUCUCUACUUCAGAUUUUCUCACAGGUAUCAUUACCUUCCUUAGAAAUAGCCUGUAUGUGUUUCUGUGGUAUGGUUCAUUCGCCUUGAGUUUCCAGAGAAUGAAGUAAGCACACACCUUAUUGCAACACAUUAAAUUGUGACAGACAGCCAGUGUUUGCUACGGUACUCGCUGUCCUCCCCGCAGAUACUUCCCCUUCCCUUUUACACUUCCCCUUUUCUCGCACACUUUUCUUUCUAGUUUCAAGUAUUGUCCAAUAACGGAUUUUGAAUAUUAGUACUGCUUUCUGUUGUUUUUGCCUCAGGGUUUGUAUUUACAAUUGUACAAAAUUUAAAUUAUGGUCAUACAUUUGCUGAGCCAAGGUGACUUACCUUUUGAGAAAUUACUAGUUUUUCUGGAAUAUUCUUUUUCUUGGUUAUACAAUCUAAAUCCAUGGAUAACAUUGGAAUGAUCCUGCUGGCUUGGGGAGUAUGUUUUCCUAGGCGGUUUUGGAACAUCCUGUUCCAUAAUGGAGCCCCAUUUUGUGUGUGUGUGUGUGUGUUCAUUUCUAUGUGUACAUUUCUGUGUAAUGGUGGGUGUCUACAAUGCAUGUAUGUCCUGUUUUCUCUUUCAAUAAAGUGGACUGAAAUAAAG